GAGCAGCAGCUUUUUCCCACUUGAAAGAGAAAAGUAGCCAGCGGGUUUGAAUUCAUUCAUUUAUUGGGGUUUCCUCCCUCUCUCUCUCUCUCCCCCCUCUUUUUUUUUUUUUGAAAAAAAAAAAACACAGUUUUCUUCUCUUGUUUGGAUUGGAUUGGAUUGGGUGAGGGCAGCCCCCCCCUUCACCUGUCAGAGAUCUCGGAUGCUCUCUCUCUGUCUCUCAAGCUCAUCAAGCUUCAACAAACAAUCAGAAACCUAAUUAAGCGAAAGACCCCAGAACUUCAGCAGGCCGAAGAGAACCCAAACCCUCGUCUACGUUCGCACGGGAACGGGAAGGAGGAGGGAGAGAGUAAUAGGUAAGGGGGCAGGAAAGGAAGGAAGGGAGGGGGGGCCCCACACCACACUCGAUCAGAAAGUAAUUAAUGAGGCCCCGUCCCCAUCCCGCGAUUUUUAGCUCAAAGCCGAAGCAGCUGUCGGCGCAGCAGGCCGUUUUUGAUCUCAAGCAGCGCGUGCUCCUCUCCCUUAACAAGCUCUCCGACCGAGACACCCACCAGAUCGCCGCCGACGAGCUCGAGAAGAUAGCCCGGGGGUUGGCCCCGGAGGGGGUAGCUCCCUUCCUCGCCUGCAUCACCGACACCGGUUCCGAACAAAAGAGCGCGGUCCGCAAGGAGUGUGUCAGGCUCACGGGCACUUUGGCUCGUUUCCAUGGCCCUCUCUUGGCUCCGCACCUUGGGAAAAUACUGGCGAGCAUCGUUAGGCGUCUCAAGGAUUCGGAUUCAGUUGUCAGGGAUGCCUGCGUCGAAACUGCUGGCGUUUUGGCGGCAACCGUGAUGAGCUCUCGCAGCUCUGCCCAAGGGGCUGAGUCCGCCUUUGUUGCAAUUUUGAAGCCUCUUUUCGAAGCUCUAGGUGAACAGAGCAGAUACGUGCAGGCUGGUUCCGCCUCGUGCUUGGCCAGGGUAAUUGACGACACUAGUGAUCCCCCAACGUCGGUCUUCCCGCAGAUGCUCGCUCGUGUGAUUAGGUUGUUAAAGAACCCCCACUUCAUGGCCAAACCGGCUGCUAUCGACCUCAUCAGAAGCAUUGUUCAGGCAGGAGGUGCUUCAACAGAACAUGUUCUUUCUACAGUAGUAACCAGCAUUCUGGAAACACUCAAAAGUGCUGAUUGGACAACGCGUAAGGCUGCUUCAGUAGCAUUAGCAAGUAUUGCUGUCCAUGUCGGACCUUCAUUGGGAUCAUGUAGAACUUCCUGCAUUCUCUCCCUAGAAAGCUGCCGUUUUGACAAGGUGAAACCAGUGAGAGACACUAUCAUGCAUGCUUUGCAAUGCUGGAAAACUGUUCCAGGAACUGGCUCUCAUGAUCCUUCUGAAGCUGGAUCCUCUACAAAAGAAAAUGGAGACUAUUCUGAUGUUACUAGUGCUAGUGAUGGCGGAUGGAGAGAUCUAUCUUGUGGGAAAGUUGGUCCUGUUUCUGCUCUUAGUGCUACUUCCACCCUUACAUCGAAGAAAAGAAAUCCUUUAACCGUUCAAAAAGCUUGUUCAAAUUAUGUACAUAACAGUCACCAUCCAAGCUCAAGUGAUUGGCAUAUUGAUAUAUCACUUCCAAAGGUUCGUGCCAUGUCUACGGUUGGGGACCACCUUAAAGAAUUUGAAGGAUACUCCACUGAAAUGACUUUGGAAAGAGCUGCAGAUGCUAAUAAGCUACAUGACAACAAAUAUGAUUAUGCCCCAGCAGAUGAUAACAUUGACUGCUCCUCAACGUCAGAUCUUGUUAGUGGGAGCUUUGAGACCAAGCACGUAACUGUCAGUGAGAGCCCUGCAACUCUAAAUAGGCUUGAUCGCAGAUCUGUGGUUGAAGAUGCUGAUUCUGAAGACCCCAGAAUGCAGGAGCGUAAGAGUUUAGACUCCACUGUCACAGACCUAAGUUCAGCUGGUAUGCAGGGAUGUUGUUUGCAUACUGCAAGUGAAUUAGCUUUCAUCAAGAAACAACUGUUGGAGAUUGAAACCAAGCAGUCAAACUUACUUGAUCUCCUACAGGUCUUUAUGGGGAACUCAGUAGAUAACCUGUCAUCAUUACAGUUGAAGGUGCAUAACCUGGAACAUGUUGUAGUUAAAAUAGGAAAAAGCAUUUCCCAGAAUGGAAAUUACUCUAACAUGGCUAAUUCUAGACUUACGAAGCAAAAUCAAAGUGUCUGUUCUUCACCUAGGCUCUCCACCAGCACUCCUAGGCAAUCUGUGGAGUCUAACUACAGGCAGCCUUCACUAUCGUCCUUGAGUAACAAAGAGGUUUGGGGUGUUGAUGCAUCUUCAAAAAAUAGAUUGAGUACUUCAGUCAAAGAUGGUAUGGAGCGAUGGAGAGAUCCAACACUUAACAUAGUUAGAAACAAUGCUCUCCAUAAAGAAUCAGGAAGAAGUGCUCAGAACCAAGCAAGCAGUCAAACAAGAGGGACUAAAGAUAUGCUUUCAGUUUCAGAUUGCAGUGCCAGUACCAAGCUGGGUAAAAUGGAAGGUAUGAGUGGCUUCUGGAAACAUAUCAAGGAGUUCUUACAUUCUGGGGACAUGGAGUCAGCUUAUGCAGAGACAUUGUGUAUUGGUGAUGAUCUUUGUUUGAUUGAGCUUAUGGAUAAAACUGGACCCGUGCUGGAAAGGUUAUCUUGUGAGACAGCUAGUGCAGUUAUUAGUAUUCUGACUAAACAUUUCCUGAACCAAAGAUUCAUCGACUUCGUAAUUCCAUGGUUUCUACAGGUGGUGAAUUUAAGUGGUGCUUGUGAACCUGGACACCUUGUUAUGUCUAGCAAGACUCGGAUGGAGUUCUUGUAUGCUCUACAACAAGCAGCAUGCCUAGACAGCAUUGAUCAAGUAGACAGAACUGCAAUCACAAAAUGUGCAGCAAAGUUGAGCCAAUUAUGGGGUGAAGCCUUAAGCAGGUAUCUGCACACUAUAUGACAGGAAAAUGCUUGUUGUACCCAGAAGAUCCCAAGGAAGCAAAAGUUUGGUACCUGCUACUAGGAGUUGAUCGUUGCCAUGUAGCUAGUUUGUAGUUUUUCCUUCGACUUCUGACAAGAAGAAACACAUGGGUUUUCAUCUGGGUGGUUCUAGCAAUACAUGGUAACAGCGCAGAAGACUAGCAUGCUAACAUCAUUGUCUUUUCCUGUUGGUGUGCACUGAUGUAAGAUGUCAGUUUUGCUUGGAUUUUGAUGCUUAAGACUGCACAAGUUAGAAUAUGGUAUGGUAAAAAGAAGCAUGAUGUUCUUAAGGUGGAUGCUGGAGCUGCAUGUUCUGUUUUGCUCUCCAAGCUGUACUGAAUUAUAUUUUCUAUGUAAAGGCUGAUGAAUUGCUCAUUCCGUUUCCUCUUUAUGAAUUCCCUUUGGAUGAGUCUAGUUGAUUU